UCUCUUCGAUGCUUCUAAACAAUUGCUUCUCAAAAAACAAUCUUUUAUCAGUGACUGAUCAAAACAAAAAAAAAAUGACUCAGUUUGCUUAUCAUGCAUUUUUGAGCUUGGCAACCAAAAUAGGCAUGUCCUUUGGAGAUCAUCUACUUUCAGCUUUAUCAAAUGCUGGUAUUCGCACAUUCAGGGUUGAUGAACUUGAGAUAGAUGAAAAGGGAUGCAAAGAAUUGCAGAAAACAAUUCAAGAAUCAAGAAUUCUCGUUGUUGUCUUCACUAAAGAGUAUACCUCUUCAGAGAGGUGCCUUGAUGAACUUGUGUUUAUACUUGAGAGUAAGAGAGCUUUUCGACGUUUCGUUCUGCCUGUUUUUUAUGAUGUGGAUCCGUCAGAGGUCAGGAAACAAAAAGGGAGUUUUGAACAAGAUUUUUUAAUGUAUGAAGAGAGAUUUAAAUCCGGGACCGAAGGAAGGAGACUGGAAUGGUUGCAGAAGGUGAAGGAAUGGAAGGCUGCUCUAACAGAAGUUGCUGAUUUGGGAGGAAUGGUCUUACAGAAUAAAUCUGAUGGGUGUGAGUCAAAGUUUAUUCAAGAGAUUGUGAAGGUGGUUGCAGGAAAACUAAAUCGCGCAGUUUUAAGUGUUGCUCUCCAUCCAGUUGGAAUAGAUUCUCGAGUUAGAGACAUCAAUCUCUGGUUGCAAGAUGGAUCAACUAGUAUUGAUAUUAUGGCUAUAUAUGGGAUGGGAGGUAUAGGUAAAACUACACUAGCCAAGACUGCUUACAAUCUGAACUUUGACAAAUUUGAUGGCAGCAGCUUUCUUGCUGAUGUAAAUAAAACUUCAGAAAGACAUGAUGGUCUUGUAAGUCUACAAAGACAACUUCUUUCAAAUGUUCUGGGGAAGAAGGUUGAGAAGAUAUACAAUGUCGAUGAAGGAGUCAGCAAGAUUCAAGAGGCCAUUCGUUGCAGAAGAAUUCUUCUUGUUCUCGAUGAUGUGGACGAUAGAGAUCAGUUAAAUGUUGUACUUGGGAUGCGAGAAUGGUUUUAUCCGGGUAGUAAAAUUAUCAUUACAACCAGAAAUCAGCACCUAUUUGAUGCUAGUGAGGUCUACAGAUGUAAGAUGUAUAAGGUCACGCCAUUGAAUGCUCAAGAAUCAAUUCGAAUCUUCAGUUUGUAUGCUUUUGGAAAAGAACAACCUUCAGAAGAUCACAAGGACCUUUCAGAAAAUGUGAUACUUCAUUGUAAAGGGAUUCCUUUGGCUCUCAAAGUUUUAGGUUCUUCUCUUUGUGACAGAAGUAUAGAGGUGUGGCAAUGUGCAUUAAGGAAACUAAAGGCAAUCCCUGACAAUAAGAUCCUGGAAAAACUCAGAAUCAGCUAUGAUUUACUGCUAGAUGAUGAUGUACAGAAUCUAUUCCUCGAUAUUGUCUGUUUCUUUGUUGGAAAGGAUAAAGAUUAUGCAGUUACAAUACUUGAUGGAUGUGGUUUUUUCUCAGUAGUAGGACUUGAGAUUCUUUCAGAUAGAUGUCUGAUCGAAAUGGACAAGGAUAAGCUGAAAGUGCAUUCAUUGAUUCAAGAUAUGGGAAGAGAAAUUAUUCGUCUAGAAUCCCCUUGGGAGCCUUGGAAGAGAAGCAGAGUUUGGAGAUACAGAGAUUCCUUCAAUAUCUUGAGUGAAAAAACUGUAACUCUUUUACUCUUUGGUGUGUUGUAAGCAUUAUAAUCAUCGCUAAUGAAUAAACAAUUGUUGUUUUUCUAUCAGGGAACUGAAAAAAUUGAAUGCCUAGUUCUUGACAA